UUGGCCCUUUUGGAGCCAGAAUAGACGCGUCCAAACGUGAUGGUCAUCCGCCCAUGUGACCACAAAAUCACAAAAUCACAAAAACCCACGGACAUAUUUAAACCUCUUCCUAAUUCGCAGAGAGCCGAGUGAAUCGAAGAAGAUCCAGGGUUUGAAUCAUGGCGGUAACAUUGGCACCAGGUUUAUCUCGUAAGCUGAAAAAGGUUCUCGAAUCCCGAACUGAUUCUCCCGAUCUGCUGGCAUCUCUAAACACAUUAUCAACAUUCUACACAAACAAUACUCAGCAGGCGAGAAGAAACCUCAGAUCUACCAUUGAAAAGAGGGCUCUCGCCAUCAACGAUGAAUUCCUUGCCGCAUCAGAAUCCGCCCAGAAAGCUUUGGAUGCGGUUGAACAAGAAAUUGCUGGUUUGGCCGAAUGCUGUGAAAAGAUUGGUAAAGCUCUGGACACCUGCAGUGCUUCUACAGGGGAUAUCAUUACAACAACAGAGAGGCUCAAGCAAGAGCUUGAGAGCACUACACAACGUCAAGAGAUUGUAUCUUGCUUUCUUCGUGAUUAUCAACUUUCACCAGAAGAGGUCAGUGCCUUGAGGGAAGAAGAGCUAAAUGAAAACUUUUUCAAAGCACUUGCACGUGUGCAAGAAAUUCAUAAUAAUUGCAAAAUGUUGCUUAGGACACAUCAUCAACGUGCAGGAUUAGAGUUGAUGGACAUGAUGGCUGUUUAUCAAGAAGGUGCAUAUGAACGACUUUGUAGAUGGGUACAAGCUGAAUGCCGGAACCUUGGGGAUAAUGAUACUCCUGAAGUAACUGAUUUGUUAAAGACAGCAACUCGUUGCUUAAAAGAAAGGCCUGUUCUCUUCAAGUACUGUGCAGAAGAGGUUGCAAAUACUCGACACAAUGCUUUGUUCAGACGUUUCAUUAGUGCCCUUACUCGUGGAGGCCCUGGUGGAAUGCCAAGACCCAUUGAAGUUCAUGCACAUGAUCCAUUACGCUAUGUUGGUGACAUGCUGGCUUGGCUUCACCAGGCUUUGGCAUCUGAAAGAGAGCUUAUACUCGCACUUUUUAGUCCAGAUGCGACUGUAAACAUUGGACCUACUGCUCGUCGCUUUUCUAAAGACAUGGAUGGGAUAUAUGUCAAACCAGAAACAGACAUGUCCUUUAUUUUGGAUCGUAUUUUUGAAGGGGUUUGUCGUCCAUUCAAAGUAAGAGUGGAGCAAGUUUUGCAGUCCCAACCUAGUCUUUUGUUGGCAUUCAAACUCAACAACAUCUUGGAGUUCUAUGCAGACACUAUUUCAGACUUGUUAGGGGAAGAAGCAGCUCUUUCUGCCACAUUAUUGCACGUUAAAGAUGCUGCACAGCGAACAUUUUUUGAUAUCCUGAAGUCUCGAGGAGACAAGCUGCUAAGGUAUCCUUCUCUAGUUGCAGUUGAUCUUUCCCCACCCCCAGCUGUUGGGGAAGGAGUCUCAUUAUUGCUUGAGUUGAUUAAUACCUACCACAGCAUGCUAGUUCCAGCAUCAGGGAAGAAGCUUGACUUUGAGCCGGUCAUAUCUGCCUUGUUGGAUCCCAUUAUACAGAUGUGUGAACAAGCUGCAGAAGCUUAUAAAUCUAAAGGUCUGACACUAUCAUCCCGCAGAAAUAGCUCUGGUUUUGAUUCAAUACAUAAGUUAAGCCACAGGCCAUCAUCAUCCAUGGAGGCAAUACUAAGCAACACUGUAUCAGCACCUGCUUCACUGAGUGUUGAAUCUUUGCGCAAAAUUUUCCUUAUCAAUUGCCUAUCAGCUAUUAGACAACCAUUGAUGGGACAUGAGAUUGCCGCAAAAUUUGUACAAGGCCUUGGAGUUGCUAUAGAAAAGCACAUUAGUAUUCUUGUAGAUAAAGAGGUUGUAGCCAUUCUUGACAGGUGUGGAAUGACGAAAAAGGUUUCUUAUAUACGGGAUUAUUUAGAGAAGACUUCACAGUCAGAGAUAGUGUCAAAAGAGGAAGAUAUAAGCAAGCCACUUGCAGAGGUAGAGGAGAUGUCACUCACCUCAGUUUCUGAAUCUCUGAAAAUUUUCUUUGGUUUUGUAGCUGGUAGUGAAGGGUCCCUCCCAGAGUUUGAGCAACUGCAAGUUCCUCAAUUGCGAACUGAGGUUGGCAGCCGAGUUGCAAGGGCACUGGCAGAAGCUUACGAACUUGUGUACAAUGCAGUCCUCAACCCUGAAAAUGGUUAUCAAGAACCAAAGGCCAUGCUCAGGCAUUCUCCUGAUCAAAUAAGAACCAUUUUAGGCAUUUAAGGCUCAGUAUCAUAUUUUUAUCAAAUUUAAAAAAAAAAAAAUCUAUUUUCAGAAAUCUUGCAAUUUUUCUUAAGAGUUUGGACCAGGGUAGUAACCUGUUCAAGUCAUAUUCUUUUGUGCCAGUUCUUAUCGUCGGUGUAUCUUAGCAGAAACAGAGGAGAGCAGCUUAGAGCAAUAGAAGCAGAUUUUGAUGAUCUUCAAGUUCCUAUUUCAGAUAAUGACAUCAGAAGUGGCCAAAAAAUCUUGCUUUGGGUAUUUAUCUCAUGAUGUUGUAAUAAUUGGAACCGCAUCCUUUAAAAGGUGGGUUUCAACUUUCAAUAGAAAAUUUUCCUUUAAGAGUA